AUGCGCUGCCCUGUGGCCGAGGACCGGGCCAGCGUCUCCCGGGAGAAGAAGACGUGGCCUGGGGUGACGUUUGGGGUGUGCUCGCUCUCAGCGUUGCCGCCUUCAUGCCGCAGGGAUGGGAGGCCCUCGGCCCGCAUGUUGCUGCUGAAGGGCUUCGGGCAGGAUGGCUUCCGCUUCUUCACCAACCACGAGAGCCGUAAAGGGAAGGAGCUGGACUCCAAUCCCUUUGCUUCCAUCGUCUUUUACUGGGAGCCCCUCAGCCGGCAGGUGCGGAUCGAGGGCUCAGUGAAGCGGCUAUCGGAGGAGGAAUCGGAGCGGUACUUCCACUCCCGCCCCAAGAGCAGCCAGAUUGGGGCUGUCGUGAGCCGGCAGAGCACCGUCAUUCCGGACAGGGAGUAUUUAAGGAAGAAGAACGCGGAGCUGGAGGAGCAGUACAGGGAGACGGCAGUGCCAAAGCCGGCGUACUGGGGGGGCUACAUCCUGCAACCAGACGUUGUGGAGUUCUGGCAGGGCCAAACCAACCGCUUGCAUGACCGCAUCGUCUUCCGGCGCCUGCGGGACGGCUCGGCCCCCCUGGGACACAUGACGCACCGGGGAGAGGGCGGCUGGGUGUUUGAGCGCUUCUCCCCGUGAGGCCGCGAGGGUCUCUGGACAUUUUAGCCCGAUCGGGAGCGUUACCUGUUCCAGCUCUGCCUGUGUGUCCCCCUCUGUGCCCUGGGGAAUGGGGUUGACCUUGCUCUGCCCUUCCUAGGGAAACUCAUGUUGAGUCCAGCCCCAAGGACCCGUGUCUCGCUUUGCGUCUCUCUGAGGUGGCCCUAGAGCCUGUCAGCUUCCCACCUGCCAGCACGAGGGGAGCAAUAGCUCCCAGUGCAGCUGGCAGUUAAUUAAUCAUGUUAAUGAUUGUGGAGGUAUCAUGAGAGACCCCAGAAAAUCGCCUGUCAGGGAACCAUCUGUCCCCUUGUCGUGCCCUGCUACUGGGACCAUAUCAUGCCUCAUUUUUUUUACUAGAAUCAUGUGAUUUGCUUGUUCUGUGCAAUAACGUAUUUAAUUGUGGCUUUAAUGUCACUGCUGCCUUGCUGGUGUUCGCGGCUGGCUGUGUGUGUUGUCACUGGUGUGCCCUAUCUUUGCAGGGUGGUUGGACCCUGCUCCUCAGCCUGGUUGUAGUGGCAGGGCCAGUGGCAAACCGGUGCCUGCAAGCUGGGUGCUGCUCUUUGUCCUCCGCUGGCUAAGUGUACAAGCUUGGAAAAAUAAAGCCCGAUCGGAGCGGA